AUGGAUGCCCACGUGGACCUCCUGACAGAGCUGCAGCUGCUGGAUAAGGUGCCCACACUGGAGAGGCUGCGGGCGGCCCAGAAGCGGAGGGCUCAGCAGCUGAAGAAAUGGGCACAGUAUGAGAAGGAGAUGCAGCACAAGAAGCGGAAGCAUGAAAAGAAGAGAAAUGCUGUUAACCGAAAGAAAGUGUCUUUUGAAGCCAGCGUUGCUCUGCUGGAGGCUUCUUUGAGGAACGACUUGGAGGAAGUGUGUUACUUGCUGAAGAGCAACAUCAGCCCGGACCUGUGCAAUGAAGAUGGAUUAACUGCACUGCAUCAGUGCUGCAUAGACAACUAUGAAGAGAUAGUCAAGCUUCUCCUCAACCACGGGGCCAAUGUCAACGCGAAAGACAACGAGCUGUGGACUCCGUUGCAUGCAGCAGCUACAUGUGGUCAUAUCAACCUGGUGAAGAUCCUCAUCCAGCAUGGAGCAGACUUGCUGGCAGUGAAUGCAGAUGGCAACAUGCCAUACGACCUCUGUGAAGAUGAGCCAACUCUGGAUGUCAUUGAGACUUGCAUGGCCUAUCAAGGAAUUACACAGGAAAGGAUCAAUGAGAUGCGGGCUGCUCCAGAGCAGGUCAUGAUCUGUGACAUUCAUGACAUACUUGCGACUGGACAAGACCUGAACAGGACUGAUGCCCAAGGUGCUACGCUGCUGCAUAUAGCUGCAGCCAAUGGUUAUCUGCAUGCAGCUGAAGUCCUCCUUGACCAGGGGGCAAGCCUGGAUGUUAAGGACUGGGACGGCUGGGAGCCUCUUCAUGCUGCUGCUUUCUGGGGACAGAUGCAGAUGGCUGAGCUGCUUGUGUCCCAUGGGGCUAGUUUGAGUGCCAGGACAUCUUUGGAUGAGAUGCCAAUAGAUCUGUGUGAAGAGGAGGAAUUCAAAGUAUUACUUCUGGAGUUGAAACACAAACACGAUGUGAUCAUGAAGUCUCAGAUGAGGCAUAAAUCCUCCCUGAGUCGAAGGACCUCCAGCACUGGCAGCCGGGGGAAGGUGGUGAGGAGGGCCAGCCUUUCUGACCGAACAAACCUCUACAGGAAGGAGUGCGAGAAAGAGGCCAUCGUCUGGCAGCAGCUGGGGGCAGCAGAAGAAGGAAGAAACUCGGGUCUCAUUGGAGAAAUUGGGGAGACUCGGUCUGACCAGGAGAAUACAGACCCCAAUUCAGUGCUGGAGAACUCUUCCCUCCUUCCGGAGUUAGCAAACAAAAGCACCCAGUGUGACUCUGAAAUCCCCCUCCAGAAUGGACUCAUGGCAUCUGCCAGCACUUACCAGUACACCUUUUCCAACGGGGACAUUUGGAGUAUGCACGCUGACCCUGACAGUAAUCCAGGCCACAUGCUGCCCUACGGCAACCCCGGGCUCCCUGACACACAGCAGUUCUGGGGUGCCUACAAGGAGCAUAUUCAUCAAACACUCUCCGAACUUAAGCGGCAGCGGGCUGCAGCCAAACUCCUCAAUCACCCUUUCCUCAGCACCCACUUCGGCAGUGGCAUGGGAGGAGUUGCCGAGAAUGGGGGUGAGGCCAAGUCACACCUAAUCGGAUCCAGGACUUCUCCCUACAGCUCCAAUGGGACCUCAGUGUAUUACACAGUGUCCAGUGGUGAUCCACCCCUCUUGAAAUUCAAAGCUCCCAUGGAGGAAAUGGAGGAGAAGGUGCAUGGGUGCUGCAGAAUUUCCUAGUCUCGUCUGUUUCUCACCCCAGAGGAAACAAGACGUGGGUGGGCUGGUUGGAUCCAUCACAGUGGCCAGGUUGUUUGCAUUCCAAAGGGAGAAUUUGGUUAUGGACAUCCUGACUGUGGCGGCCUCAUUCAUCUUGAAUUGUACUUUACCCUGCCAAU